CAAAAAAUCCAGCUACGGGCACACUUUCAACCGGCAGCUAAACAAUUUAUAACAAUUUCCGCUUAUGGCCUAAUUCCGUUCAAACCCCUGGUCCUCUAACUAUAAGCUCCUCCAAAUGGUGAAUAUAUCCACCAUAAAUUGGCUCUUCGUCUGUGGCCUAUCCUUUUGCGUGGGCGGGAUUGCGGUCCUCAGUUUCAUGCCACUGGGCUCAGACUGUGUUUGUCCGCUGUCAAACCCGCUGACCAGGCUGACUGGCGUCGGAGAGGGAGGAUUGGCUGUGCAGAAAGAGCAACCACAUGACCACGGUGGGGCCGCCCACAAAAUGGCACUGCUGGUGCCGUUCCGGGAUCGGUUCGAGGAGCUACUCCAGUUCGUGCCUCACAUGACCGCAUUCCUGCGACGCCAGGGAGUGGCGCAUCACAUCUUCGUGCUGAACCAGGUGGACAGAUUCCGCUUCAAUCGCGCAUCCCUCAUAAACGUGGGCUUUCAGUUUUCCAACGAAGUAUAUGAUUAUAUUGCCAUGCACGACGUGGACCUGUUGCCUUUAAACGACAAUCUGCGCUACGAGUAUCCCAGCAAUUUGGGUCCCCUGCACAUCGCCGGACCCAAGCUGCAUCCGAAGUACCACUACGAUAACUUUGUCGGAGGGAUCUUGUUGGUACGGCGGGAGCACUUCCAGCAGAUGAACGGCAUGUCCAAUCAGUACUGGGGCUGGGGACUGGAGGACGACGAGUUCUUCGUGCGCAUCCGAGAUGCAGGACUCCAGGUGACGCGGCCACAAAACAUUAAGACUGGCACAAAUGACACAUUUAGCCAUAUCCACAACCGUCAUCAUCGCAAACGGGACACUCAGAAGUGUUUCAACCAGAAGGAGAUGACUCGCAAGCGGGACCACAAGACGGGCUUGGACAAUGUCAAUUAUAAAAUACUUAAGGUGCACGAGAUGAUCAUUGACCAAGUGCCGGUGACCAUCCUCAAUAUUUUGCUCGAUUGUGAUGUUAAUAAAACGCCGUGGUGCGACUGCUCCGGUACGGCAGCGGCUGCCUCUGCGGUACAAACCUGAUGGGUUGUGUUAAACCAAA